AUGCAGUGGUCUAACACGCUCCUGGGGCAGCUUUUAGUGCCCUUUCUUUUCCUAAUAAAUUAUACAAAAGCAUAUGAGUAUCAUUGUGACAUUCCAGCUCUAUCGUCUGGUACCGCUGGUUUCAGAGCAAGAUUUUUUCCAUACUACUACCCUGAAUACAGUAAUCUGUACUCACCUUUAGAUUAUCUUUUUGAUGUCUAUGAUGAAAUAAACAAUGAAAUAGCCACCACAUCAGGUGUCACAGAUAUUAAUUUUAGCUACACCGAUCACUCUGCAGGUACCAUCGCCUGGGGUGAAGUUUAUGGUGUACCUAUAACUAUUUCUAAUUUUACUUUAGAAUUAACUGGUUAUUUUGUUCCACCUGUUUCUGGUAAUUAUGCAUUUGAAUUUUUCGAUACCGAUGAUUCUGCUUUAUUACUUUUUGCUAAUCCAUCUGCCUUUACUUGUUGUAACGCUGACGAAAGUGCAGCCGAUUAUGAUGAUAUUAGCUUAAAUGCCGUUAAUCAAUGGGCUACUAACGAAAGAAGAUAUAUCGAAGGUUAUUUGGAAGCUGGUUAUGCUUACCCAUUGAAAAUCGUGUACUUCAAUAUUGGUUAUAUUGGUAUCCUAAAUUUACAAUACACAGAUCCAGAAGGUGAAAUCCAUACUGACUGGAAAGAAGCAGUUACCUUUUAUGAUAAUCUAGAAACAGAUUGUCCUGCUACACCACAGGCUACUAGUACAACCACUAGUUAUUGGACAGGUUCGGUAACCACAACUUUUAACAUGAUUACUACUACGUAUGUUGGUACUGAUGAUUUGACCACUACAGAAACUAUAUAUACAGUGUUAACUCCAACUAAAGCUGAUACUGAUUAUACUUAUACUCAUGGUACUAAUAGUUUCGUAACGACUGUUUCAACGACUGUCAAAACUAAAACAGGUAUGGAUGGCGAAGAAACAACCGAGACAACUUAUUUCAUUGAAACUCCAUCAGAUGAAUCAAUUGCAUCCACGGCAACAAAAUGGACAGGUACUUACGUAACAACUUAUUCAACUUUGAUUAGUACAUCCACUGGUGAAGAUGGUUUUGGUACUACUGAAACAACAUAUUUUGUUAAUACCCCUACUGCAGAAACUACUUUUUAUUCAACCACUGCAGGUUCAGGCUCAACUAUUAGAACAUAUUCUACUAUUAUCUCAACUUAUACCGGAAUAGAUGAAAUAGAAACAACAGAAACAACAUACUUCGUUGAAACACCAACAUAUGACACCACAACUACACAUUUCACUGAAUGGACUGGGAAAACAACUAAAACUUAUUGGACUAUAACCUCCAUAACAACAGGUGACGACGGUUACGAAUCAACAACAACAAUUUACUUAGUUGAAACUCCUGUUAUCCACGAAAGUCAUGUAUCAUACACUGAAUGGACAGGAACUUUUAUUUCCACAUAUAGUUUAACUACUGAUGUUCAUCUAGGUACUGAUGGUAUUUUAACAUCCGAUACAAUUUACUAUAUUGAAACACCUUUCUUUGAAGAAUUUACGACAACUUACACUGAGUGGACAGGAACUUUCGUUAGUACCUACUCUACUACAGUCAACUAUUAUACUGAUAGUGAUGGUAUUGUAACAUCAGAAACUACAUAUUUUGUUGAAACUCCAUAUUAUGAAAUACAAACAACUAUAACAACAGGUUGGACAGGUACGUAUGUCAACACAUAUAGUACAGUGACAUCUUUCUUCACAGGUUCAGAGGGGUUCCCAUCAACAGAGACGACAUACUAUGUACAAACACCAUAUGAACGAACCACUACCACCACAUAUACCCAUGGUACCGUCACUGAAGACGCUACUGUCUCCACCAUUCUUUCAACUACCGUCGGUACUGAUGGGGAAACUACCAUCGAGACUACUUUCAUAGUCGAAACUCCAAGUAACGAAGAAAUCACUACUACAUACACUCAGAGCGAUGUCACUCAAACUUCAACUAUCUCCACCAUUGUUACUACUGUCACCGGCAGCGACGACAAGCCAACCACCGAGACCACAUUUGUUGUUGUGACACCAAUCGACAAAACCACUACUACUGAAUACACUCAUGGUACCGUGACCGCAGAUACCACUGUCUCCACCAUUCUUUCAACUACCGUCGGUACUGAUGGGGAAACUACCAUCGAGACUACUUUCAUAGUCGAAACUCCAAGUAACGAAGACAUCACUACUACAUACACUCAGAGCGAUGUCACUCAAACUUCAACUAUCUCCACCAUUGUUACUACUGUCACCGGCAGCGACGACAAGCCAACCACCGAGACCACAUUUGUUGUUGUGACACCAUACACAAGCAACUAUUACAGUUAUGUAAACUCAACCAAUAGCAUUAGUACUGAAGAAUCUUCGAAUAUAUCAGAUGUUGAAACAACAAAGUUUGAUAUUACUAGUAGAGACUCAACAAAAAGUCAAACGACAGAAAUUGCUAAUUCAACAUACUCAACAUUGACUAAAACUAAAAGUUCAACUUUCACCAGUUAUACUACCGUGAGUUGCGAAACAAUUACUGAUAGUAGUGGUUCCAUCAUUUUGACGGCUACACAUACGAUAACUUGUACAGAGACAGAGUGUAUCUAUCAAUCCUCUUCAGGCAAUAUAGUAGAAGAUAAAACAACCGGCAUAACAGAUGUUACCACAACUGCAGAUAAUAUUGCCAAUGAUCAGACUAAUAAGCUAUCAUCCACCGUACAAACUGAUGGAUCUACAGCAGCAGCCACAACAAGUUUCAAUUCUAAAAAAAGUUCCACAACUUCUGCUUCGACUCCACUAUUACAAUAUGAAGGUUCGACAUCAUCGAGCUCAGCUCAUACAAUCGAAGUCAGUUCAUACCUCGGCUUGGCUAACAACAAUGUCUCUCAUUCAUUAAUAUCAAUGGUAUUAAUGUUCUCCUUCUCCUUAUUCCUGUAG